CCCUUCAGGAAGAAACUCUUUUUAAAAAGAGCCGGUCACUGAGUUUUACUCCACAGAUCAGAGUGGACGCACAGAAGAAGAAGAAGAAGAAGAAGAAGAAGAAGAAGAAGACAGAGCGCUCUCAGGAACACAUUAAAAUAAAUAACAUCAAAAAUGGCAGAUGAAUGUAAAGUACAGCUGGAAGGCACGCUCGAUGCAGAGGCCAGGAAACAGGCCUCGCACAGCUCAAAGUUAACCACAGUGGUGCUGCUGUUCGCACUGUGCCUGGCGGCGGCUGCUGCUGCCUUUGUCCUCGUCUUCCACAUGCAUCAUCAGAGCUCAGGACACGACAAAGACACUUCCGGUUUUCAUCACACGUUGAGGCAAAUUUCAAACGUGAGAGCAGCCAUUCAUUUGGAAGGUGUAUACAACCCUGAGAGGAAGACCGCUGUGGAGUGGAGGAACGAGGUGGAUCAGUCCCACUCUCAGGGAGGACUGAGGCUCAACAACAACGAGAUCGUCAUCCCACAGAGCGGCCUCUACUUCGUUUACAGCCAAGUGUCUUUCGAGGUCAACUGUACCAGCGGCGACGCCGACACUGACCCAAACGCCCUGGUCCACCUGAGCCACACUGUGCAGCGCUGGUCCCUCUCCUCUGGAGACGACUACAGGACCAUCCUGCACUCUGCUCGCACGGCCUGUCAGAAGACAGCGGGCCGUGAUGAGGGCAGCUGGUACACCGCUGUGUACAUGGGAGCUGUGUUUAACCUGAUGAAAGGGGACAGGCUGCAGACAGUGAUGGAGGAGAGGAUGCUGCCCGACCUGGCGGAGGAGUCGGGGAAGAACUUCUUUGGUGUGUUCGCUCUGUGAGGACAAGAGGAGAUGAGACUGGA